CAUCAUUUGUUCACUGCCUGGCGAGAGCCAUUCAAUGAGAGUAGCGUGGUGUUUCCGAGAGCAUUCCCUGCACGACCUGCUGCUAAGAUGCCUGCCACCGGAUCCUACUUUUUACCCCAUCAGCUUGAGCUUAAGCCAUCCGGAUGUCUUUCGCAAUCGAUUGGCGAUCAAGUCCGCAAGACAUCGGUUGGCUUCCGACCGAAUGCCGAUUUGAAAACUCUCCCUGAACAUGUUCGGAGCUAUGUUGAAGAAAAGAUCGCUCUAUGUAAGCCGCAUGCGCUACAUAUUUGCGAUGGAUCUGAGGAGGAAAACGAAUACCUCAUUCAGUACAUGCUACGAGAGGGUAUGCUCGUUAAGCUGAACAAGCAUGAGAACUCUUACUUGGCACGCACCGACCCUGCAGAUGUGGCUCGCGUGGAAUCCAAGACUUUUAUCUGUACCCUCCGUCGGGAAGACGCUAUACCGUCUCCGAAAAGCGGUGUCAAGGGAACCCUUGGAAACUGGAUCUCCCCCGAAAAUCUAAAAGCUGCAUGGGACGAGCGCUUCCCAGGCUGUAUGCGAGGUCAGACAAUGUUCGUCAUUCCGUUUAGUAUGGGUCCAGUGGGAGGGCCGAUGUCGAAAAUCGGCAUCCAAAUGACUGACUCCCCAUACGUCGUAUGCUCUAUGCGAAUUAUGACCCGUAUGGGCAGCGAUGUCCUCAAAGCACUUGGCAAUGGACCGUUCGUGAAGUGUCUUCACUCAGUUGGUCAGCCGCUUCCAAUGCAGAGGGCCCCGAUCAACAACUGGCCGUGCAACCCGGAGAAGACAAUCAUCACACACGUGCCUCAUAGGAACGAAAUUGCCAGCUAUGGUUCCGGCUAUGGAGGAAACUCGCUCUUAGGCAAGAAGUGCUUCGCUCUUCGUAUUGGCUCCACUCUGGGCUAUCGAGAAGGAUGGCUGGCCGAGCAUAUGUUGAUCCUGGGUCUCACCUCACCACAGGGCAACAAGUACUAUGUUACUGCUGCAUUCCCGUCGGCCUGUGGAAAGACCAAUCUUGCUAUGAUCACUCCGUCAUUGCCUGGAUGGAAGGCCCAAUGUGUUGGUGACGACAUCGCCUGGAUGAAGUUCGAUAAAAACGGUGUUCUGCGAGCUAUAAAUCCUGAAUUUGGCUUCUUUGGGGUCGCACCUGGUACCUCAUACAGCACGAACCCGAACGCGAUGAAGACUAUUGAGAAGAACACCAUUUUCACGAACGUCGGCGAAACAUCUGAUGGCUCAUACUGGUGGGAGGGAAUGGCAGAACCACGUAAAUCCAUUACGAUUAAGACAUGGACUGGUAAAAAGAAGGAAGGAUCUUUACUCGCCGCUCAUCCCAACUCACGCUUUUGUGCUCCCGCCAGUCAGUGUCCAAUUAUUGACCCCGCUUGGCAAAAUCCCGAGGGAGUACCUAUAUCUGCAAUCAUUUUCGGCGGUCGACGCCCAGAAGGAGUGCCUCUCGUUUAUGAGGCGAUGGACUGGGAUCACGGUGUUUUCUUGGGAGCUGCAAUGCGCUCAGAGACAACAGCAGCUGCUGAGCACAAGGGUAAAGAAAUUAUGCAUGAUCCAUUUGCUAUGCGUCCCUUCUUCGGCUACAACUUCUCAAAAUACUUAGAACACUGGCUGUCGUUUGCUGACAAACCCGAUCUUCAGCUGCCAAAAAUCUUCCAUGUUAAUUGGUUCCGGAAGAACUCCAUGGGCCGAUUCAUAUGGCCAGGAUUCGGUGAGAACGCGCGCGUUCUUGACUGGAUCAUUCAGCGGGUGGAGCAAAAACCAGGGUCGGCACGCCAAACUGCCAUUGGUUUCAUGCCAACAAAGGAAGCUCUCAACCUAAAUGGUCUCGGCAAAGAAGUCAGUUACGAGGAGCUUUUUGCGAUUGACAAAACGUUCUGGAGCCAAGAAGUGUUUGAGAUAGAGAAAUACUUUGACGAUCAAUUGUCAGGUGAUAUCCCCGCUCGAGUGAGAAAACAGCUGAACUCCCUGCGAGAGCGGAUCGCCGCUCUAUAAAUGUGAUAAUACCGAAAGUCUAUCAAGGGCCAUUGCGUUCUGGACAAACAGCGAGUGCUUCUCAAUUAAUAUAUAGAUUCUUGCCGUAGGGUCUCCUUUACAAAUUUCUGCAACUUUAUAGCCAGUCGCAAACUCUUUUGUUCAAUACGUUUGCAGGGUUUUCCUUACCUACGGAAUGAAUAAAUUGACUGAACGCUAUUUUCGAUGUACAUAUAAUAGUGAUCCCCAGAAUGAAUAAAUUGAUGGAACGCUAUUUUCGAUGUACAUAUAAUAGUGAUACUGUGCAGCAAUCAUUAUCAAAUAAUAGGAAAGAAAGACAUGUAUAGGAAAACGAAACAGGUUAUAAAAGUACAGUGAUCACAAUGAAUAAAAUGUGAAUAAAGUAAUCAAACGAUAUUGAUUACCAUAUAUACUCCAUAUAUAUUUACCAUAUAUACUCCAUAUAUAUAUAUAUAUCAUAUAUACUCAAUAUACCAUAUAUAUGUCUUAUUGGCCAAUGCUUAUUUGAUUCAAGCUAAUGCAUUUUGCAUCCCCGGCUUUGCUAGUAGCAUGUACUUUUUUUUGGACGCCGCUUCCUUUGGGGGUUUGCUUCGCCUCCGAAUGGCCAAUAAAACUAAUGCAUUUCGCAUCCCACA